UACAGGGCCUGCCCUCCCUUUCCUGUUCCUCCUUCUUCUUCUCCUUCUUCUCUCUUUCCGCCAAAUACACUGCCUUUUCUCCUCCACGGCUCCACGUCCCCGGUGGUUUUGUAUAAAAUUCGCGGGUUUCAAAAGCACCCCGCAAAAAAGCUUCGAGUUUGAAUGAACUCUGAAGUCUGAACUCUCCUCGCGCCGCGCAGCGCCCCCGCCGCCGAAUUCUUUUCCUCCCCUCUUCAUCCUUUGUCUCAGCAGCAGUAGUCUGAGCGAUCAAAUGCGGCGAGAUCUGCGGCUGUGAGGGGAGCCAUUCGAUCUCUUCCCUUACUGGCAGCUGCAAAAGAGCAAGACCAUGGAGCAGUACGAGGUACUGGAGCAGAUCGGUAAAGGAGCAUUUGGUUCUGCCCUGCUAGUCAGGCACAGGGUGGAGAAGAAGAAGUAUGUGUUGAAAAAGAUCCGUCUUGCCAGGCAGACAGACCGCACUCGCAGGUCUGCCCACCAGGAGAUGCAGCUCAUUGCCACGGUGAGGAAUCCAUUCAUCGUGGAGUACAAGGAUUCAUGGGUGGACAAGGGUUGCUAUGUUUGCAUCAUUAUAGGGUACUGCGAAGGAGGAGACAUGGCUGAAGCUAUUAAAAGAGCUAGUGGCACUUAUUUCUCUGAGGAGAAGCUUUGCAAGUGGCUUGUGCAGCUCCUCAUGGCCCUGGACUAUUUGCAUGCAAAUCACAUUCUUCACCGUGAUGUGAAGUGCUCAAAUAUUUUUCUUACUAGGGAUCAAAGUAUAAGACUAGGUGACUUUGGGCUUGCGAAAAUAUUGACCUCUAACGAUCUGGCAUCCUCUGUAGUAGGAACACCAAGUUAUAUGUGCCCAGAACUACUUGCUGAUAUACCUUAUGGUAGCAAAUCUGAUAUUUGGUCACUAGGAUGUUGUAUAUAUGAAAUGACUGCUCUAAGGCCUGCAUUUAAAGCUUUCGAUAUGCAAGCUCUUAUCAGUAAGAUCACCAAGUCAAUUGUGUCGCCAUUGCCGACAAGAUAUUCUGGUGCAUUUAGGGGACUCAUUAAGAGCAUGCUACGAAAAAGUCCAGAACACAGGCCAAGUGCAGCUGAGCUACUCAGGCAUCCACAUCUCCAACCAUAUGUGCUGCAAGUUCAUUUGAAAUCUUCUCCUGCUCGCAAUAUAAUCCCUUCCCGUCAGUCUCCAAUUGACAAGGUUAAGAAAAUGACAUUUCCCACUGAGUCGAUGUGCAGAAGUAAGGGCAGGAGAAACUCUUUGGGUAAUGAGAGAACUGUGACCUUCAGCAAACCUUCUCCUGAAAGGAACUUUAUUAGCUCUAUUCAGAGUAUCAAGGAUUACACAACUACUCAGAGUGUCAAAGAUUUAUCUAUUGAUGAUAGUCUGGUUGAAGAGGUUAGUAGUAAAACCUUAACCACAAGAACAUCAAUUAUUGUCAAGACUCCCAAGAGCACUCCAACCAAGACAAUCACAAGUCAGCUAGAACCUGCAAAGGCAUCUUACAACAGAGUAUAUCAUAGUGAGCUGCUUCCAAGAACACCAGUCAAUAGAAGCGCUCGAGUCGCCCGAAGAGCAUCCCUCCCAUUGCCAGCAUUCGAGACACCCAAGCGUAUCGGCAUCCUUGAUCAUCUGGAAUCCCCUGACGUGUCUGUGAAUUCACCUCGGAUAGACAGAAUCGCUGAAUUCCCACUCGCCUCAUACGAAGAACCACUGUUCACAAUCCAGAAACAUUCUUCUGCCGAUGGCUUGUGCCAUACAACGCCACCACCGUGCAUCGAUCACUCAAUCACCAAGGACAAGUGCAUGGUUGAAGCAUUCCACAUCGAUGGAGAAAACGGGAGCGACUCUUCAGGCCGUAACGCCACCGCGGCCUCAAGCCGCGGUUCAUCUGACUCCAGGCAGCGUCGGUUCGACACGUCGUCGUACCAGCAGCGUGCAGAGGCCCUGGAAGGGCUGCUGGAGUUCAGUGCCCAGCUGCUGCAGCAGGAGAGGUAUGAGGAGCUGGGGGUGUUGCUCAAGCCAUUCGGCCCUGAGAAGGUGUCCCCCAGGGAGACAGCCAUCUGGCUCACCAAGAGCUUCAAGGAGACUGGGUUGUAAGCAUCUCUCACCUUUGUUAUAUUGCAUGAGCAGAAUUAUCCGUUCUGCAAUGUGCAAAUGUAGCUCAGGAAGGCUAAGAGGUUGCUGGCCUUUAGUUUAGUUGCUGACAGUGUGACACCAUCUCAGUGUUGCCCCCAGCUUAUUAAGAGUUAGUAGUGAUCAUCUAUUUAACAAGGAAGUAGCAGCAGUACUAGCUGGAGUUUAGUGUGGACCAGCAGGUAGUUUAUAUUUCUAACUAUGUAACCAUCUAGUGCUUGAAAGGUAACUUUGGCAUUCCAAACCCGGCUGAAGAAUCAGCUGGUUGAUUCAUCCUACCUGUGUCUAAUAACAGUUCGCUUCUUCAUGUAAUCUUGAG